AUGCCGCGACCUCCAUUAAAAAACCGCGAUGGAUGCCGCCCAGUGUGCCUACGCUGCCAACGGAGCUCGAGGGAGUGCCAGUGGAGACACAGUGAAUGCCCAGGUCAAACUUCGAGGUCACCUGUAGUAGAGGCUCAACCGGACUUCCGAGAUCCCGGAGAAUAUAUAUCCACCACGGACCCGGAACGAGCACUGCAAGAUCCCGGAGUCGCACAGAUCUUUCGAUAUUACAUUGAGAAUCUAGCUAGCUGGUAUGACUUGAACGACAGUAAGCGGCAUUUUGAAGACGUGGUUCCGGUUUGUGCCAGACAGAAUUCUCUUUUAUUGAGCGCCAUCCUGGCAUUUUCUGCUGCGAGUCAGAGCUCCAGUCUUUCCAAUGAUUCCUUAUCGGAAGUGGCGGAUGCGUAUCACUUGGAAAGUGUCCAAACAUUACGGUCUCUUACAGAGAAUAUAAACGAGUUCAGGACUGGGGAAACACUUGCUGCAAUUUGCAUUCUCCGGUCAUAUGAAAUUAUAUCCCAAAAUGCCAGUGCUCAGAAUCACCUCAGAGGCUCAUACUCGUUAAUAGCGAGUGGUCCGAAUGAUUUAGAACCAGGUUUGAUGCGAGCUGGUUUCUGGAACUAUCUUCGGGAAGACAUUACCGUUGCUCUGAUGGAAAAACGUAAUUUGAUGAUAGAAUUGAACGACCAACAACCGCCGCUACUCGACGGUGAAAAUGAUUCUGCCAACUACAUAUCGUACAUAUUAGGCAGAGUGAUCAACCGUUGUCUGCACAAAGACGGCGAACCUCUGGAUCAACACGAAUGGGAUCCAUUGAAGGAGGAGCUUGAUAGUUGGAAGGUCUCGCUUCCCUCGUCUUUCGAGCCCAUCAUUACCCCAGGACUUUGCAGAGAGAGCCGAUUCCCAUUUGCAUGGAACACAUCAAAGUGGCAUACCGCUAGCUUACAGUACUACCACACUGCGAUGACAAUCCUUUGUCUUGCAGAGCCAGUUUCUCACGCGAUGAACACAUUGCAACAUAUCGAGAGGAUGAAGUCAAUCGAAGCCAAGCUGGAAUACCACGCCAUUCAAGUCUGCACGUUGGCAAUAACUAGCAACUCAGCGCCUGUAUGGGUUAACUCUUUUGGGCCAAUAUCCUUCUGCGGGCUUUGGCUUCGACAGCCUGAAAUGCUUGUGGAGCUUACCACUGAGCUGAAAAAAUGGGGAGGGAAAACCGGAUGGCCUGUCUCGAGUAUUGUGAACUCACUAACAAAAGCAUCCGGUUGA